GGACGGUGCCUGCCUGGCUUGGGGCGCCGCUGCAGCCUCAGCUGACCGCGGGGCGCCCGCACCGUUGCCAGCCGAGCCGACGCAGCCCCCGUGGCCAGGGAGGCCGCCAGCCGGGCCCGGCCAGGCUUUGCGCCAUGGAAGAAGAAGCGCGGCGGAGGCGUUGAGGGGCGCCUUGCCGGGGAGCGAAGGCGAGCGGGGCCACGAGGCGGAGAAGCCGGAGCUGCUGGGGAAGAGAUGAGCGGCGUCGGCGGUAGCGGCGCUCCUUCGGGGCCGGGCUCCGGCUCAGCGCCCUGCCGCUUCGCCCACUACUUCGUGCUGUGCGGGAUCGACGCCGACAGCGGCUUGGAGCCGGAUGAAUUAGCAGUCUUAUACCAGUGGCUAGAAGCCGACCGCCAUGGCAGGAAUUCAGAUACUGCAAAAAGAACAUCAGGAGAAAAUUUUGACCAGAGUCCCCUGAGAAGAACUUUCAAGUCAAAAGUCUUGGCUCACUAUCCCCAAAAUAUAGAAUGGAACCCCUUUGAUCAAGAUGCCGUCAACAUGCUAUGCAUGCCCAAAGGGCUAUCCUUCAGGACUCAAUCUGACCACAGAGACCCCCAGUUCCAUUCGUUCAUCAUUACGCGGGAAGAUGGGUCCCGCACCUACGGAUUUGUACUCACGUUUUUCGAGGAGGUCACAAGCAAGCAGAUCUGUGCGGCCAUGCAAACUCUUUACCAGAUGCACAAUGCGGAGCAAUGCAACAGCGUCUCUGCCUCGUCGUCAUGCAGCAUGGACUCGCUGGCCAGUAGUCUGGAUGAAGGAGACUCCACAUCCCUGGCCAAAAUGCAGCGCUGCAACUCGUACGACAUCAACAGGGACACGCUGUAUGUUUCCAAGUGUAUAUGUGUCAUUGCUCCCCUGCCUUUCAUGCAGGCGUGCAAGAAAUUCCUCAUCCAGCUUUACAAAGCAGUCACUUCCCAGCAACCUCCACCUUUGCCUCUGGAAAGCUACAUACAUAACAUUCUCUAUGAAGUACCCCUUCCGCCCCCAGGAAGAUCCCUCAAAUUCUAUGGGGUUUAUGAGCCUAUAGUCUGCCAGAGACCGGGCCCUAAUGAACUCCCCCUAUAUGACUAUGCUCUCCGGGAAGCCUUUGAGCUGCUGGGCUUGGAGAAUCUCAUUCAAGUGUUUACAUGUGUCCUCCUAGAAAUGCAGAUCCUUCUUUAUUCUCAAGACUAUCAGCGUCUGAUGACGGUUGCGGAAGGGAUCACCACCUUGUUGUUCCCAUUCCAGUGGCAACAUGUGUAUGUCCCCAUCCUUCCAGCCUCACUCUUACAUUUCCUGGAUGCUCCUGUACCUUACUUGAUGGGCCUCCAAUCCAAAGAAGGAACAGAUCGUUCUAAGCUGGAACUUCCUCAAGAGGCCAACCUCUGUUUCGUGGAUAUUGAUAAUCACUUCAUUGAGCUACCAGAAGAGCUUCCUCAGUUCCCCAAUAAGCUCAAUUUCAUCCAAGAAAUCUCAGAGGUUCUCCUUCAGUUUGGGGUUCCCCUUGAGGGCCAGCAUCACUGUAGCGAGAGUGCAGCCAAGUUAAAAAACCUUGUCCUUAACGACUUGGCCAACGACAAAAAGAACGGGAAUGUGCCCAGUAACACCAUCAACGUCUAUGAGCUGCUCAAAGGCAACGAGACGAUCGCCCGGCUCCACGCUUUGGCAAAGAGGACAGGAGUGGCGGUAGACAAAAUGACGAUUACUGCUUCUUUAGCAGAAAAAGAAACGGAUGUUAAACGCCACUGUGAUGAACAGGAACUGAAGGACUACAAGCUGAAUGUCCAGCUCCGGGAGGUCUUUGCCAACCGCUUCACGCAGAUGUUUUCCGAUUAUGAUGCUUUUGUCAUUCAAGCGGCACAGGACAGAGAAUCCUGGCUGACCAACAGGGAACAGAUGCAAAAUUUUGACAAAGCUUCAUUUCUCUCAGAUCAACCAGAGCCUUACCUUCCUUUCCUCUCCCACUUCAUUGAAACCCAAAUGUUUGCAACGUUCAUUGACAAUAAAAUUAUGUCCCAAUGGGAAGAAAAAGAUCCAUUUCUGCGAGUCUUUGACUCUCGAGUUGAAAAAAUGAGACUCUAUAAUGUCAGGAUUCCCUCAUUGAGAACAUCGACAUAUCAGAAAUGCACUACGUUAAAAGAAGCAGCUCAGGCAAUUGAACAACGGCUGAUAAAGAUGGAUCACACUGCAAUUCAUCCGCACUUACUUGAUAUGAAGAUAGGUCAAGGCAAAUACGAGCAAGGUUUCUUCCCCAAACUUCAAUCAGAUGUGUUGGCAGCUGGGCCUAUCAAUAACAAUCGGUGGGUGAGCCGCAGUACUACUGCCCAACGGAGGAAAGAUCGCAUUCGACAACAUUCGGAACACAUUGCCAUGGACAAUGAGUUAAGGGAGCCAUCGGAGGAGUUCUUGAUUCGCCAGAACCCGAUGGCAUUCUGGGAGUGGGAUCAGGGCCUGCCCCCUCCUUUACGGCCACCUAAAAAAUCAUUCUCUGAAUGUUGCCUGAAAUACAUGCAAGAAGCAAGGACCCUGGGGAAAAAUCUCAGACAGCCCAAACUCUCUGAUCUUUCUCCUGCUGUAAUUGCCCAGACAAAUUCAAAAUUUGUAGAAGGUUUACUCAAAGAAUGUCGAAUGAAGACCAAACGUAUGUUAGUAGAGAAGAUGGGUCACGAAGCAGUGGAACUUGGCCACGGAGAGGCCAACAUCACAGGACUAGAAGAAAAUACACUGAUUGCUAGUCUUUGUGAUUUGUUGGAAAGAAUUUGGAGCCAUGGAUUACAGAUCAAACAGGGGAAAUCUGCAUUGUGGUCCCAUUUAAUUCAGUACCAGGAAAGAGAAGAGAAGCAGGAGCAGCUUGCAGAAUCUCCAGUUGCUGUCGGACCAGAAAGAAGGAAAUCUGACACGGGUUUUAUGUUACCUACUCUAAGAGUUUCACUUAUCAGUGAUAUGAGGCACAUUCAGAACAUGAGUGAAAUAAAAACUGAUGUCGGUCGGGCCCGGGCCUGGAUAAGACUGUCUCUUGAAAAGAAGCUAUUGUCUCAACAUCUGAAGCAGCUCCUCUCUAAUCAAGCUCUGGCAAAGAAACUCUACAAGCGGUAUGCCUUCCUGCGUUGUGAAGAAGAGCGGGAACAAUUUCUCUAUCACCUUCUUUCUCUCAAUGCCGUGAAUUACUUCUGCUUUACAAGUGUCUUCACUACCAUAAUGAUUCCAUAUAGAACUGUGAUUAUCCCCAUUAAAAAGCUAAGCAACGUAAUCACGACAUCAAACCCUUGGAUUUGUGCUUCUGGAGAACUGGGGGAUACUGGCAUUAUGCAGAUUCCAAAGAACUUGUUAGAAAUGACCUUUGAGUGUCAAAACCUGGGGAAGCUAACCACUGUCCAGAUAGGACAUGACAAUUCAGGACUGUUAGCCAAGUGGCUUGUGGAUUGUGUCAUGGUCAGGAAUGAAAUCACUGGGCACACCUAUAAGUUUCCUUGUGGAAGAUGGUUGGGAAAAGGUGUUGAUGAUGGAAGCUUGGAACGGAUCCUCAUUGGAGAGUUAUUACCAUCAUCAUCAGAAGAAGAUUUGGGAAAACAGUGCCGGACUCCACCCCAACAAAAAUCCCCAACUAUGGCCCGGAAAUUGAGCAUCACUUCCCUCACUGGGAAGAAUACAAAACCUAAUGCAGGUCAGAUCCAAGAAGGCAUAGGGGAAGCCGUGAACAAUAUUGUGAAACAUUUCCAUAAGCCUGAAAAAGAGCGCGGAAGCCUUACCGUUCUUCUGUGUGGGGAAAAUGGCCUGGUGAUGGCAUUGGAGCAGGUUUUCCACCAUGGUUUCAAGUCUGCACGCCUCUUUCAUAAGAAUGUCUUCAUUUGGGAUUUCAUAGAAAAAGCUGUAGCCUAUUUUGAGAUGACUGACCAGAUUGAAGACAAUGAAGACAAUGUCCUACUUCAAAAAUCCUCCCGCAAAACCUUUUGCCACUAUGUCAGUGCCAUCAGUACUGCUCCGCGGAACAUAGGGAAGGAUGGCAAAUUCCAAAUUCUAAUUUGCUUUGGAACUCGGGAUCAUUUGCUCGCCCAGUGGAUUCCGUUGUUGGCAGAGUGUCCCCCGCUUAGCCGGAUGUAUGAAGAAAACGCUCUUCUGCGUGAUCGCAUGAUGGUGAACUCCCUCAUCCGAGUCUUACAGGCACUGCAGGACUUCAACAUUGUCUUGGAAGGGUCACUUAUCAAGGGGGUGGAUGUGUAACCCUGCAGGCAACUUGUGCCUCUCCCUCUCACACUUCUCUCCUUCCCUUGGCAAAUGAAAUGGGGGAGAGGGCAGAAAUCUGUAAAAAUGCAAUUGUUGGUGAUCAUAUCCCGCUCUGUGUUUAGAUCGGCUGGUUGGGAAAUGGGUGUGAGACAAGACUUGAACAAGCAUGGUCUUCUUACUGAUCUGCCCCAAACACUGCAAAGGAGCUCAGUUGUAGUAUCCUAGUUUUCAAACGAGAGGUUUUGUACAAAAGAGUAUUUUCAUGUGUUGAUUGUGUGUAAAUAGGCUAUCUUCCUUUAGAAAUGCUAAUUUUUUUCUUAGAAUUGGUGUUCUAGGGCCAGGGGUGGGGGGGAAGAUAGCUUAAAACAACUUUGUAGGGGAAGGGAGGAAGCAUUAUUGGUGCAUUAGGUGGGGGGGAGGGAAACAGUUCCUGUUGUAAAUAUUGUACAAAUGUAGUAGGGGUGGGAGGAAGCUGUGUUGCAAAGGUAGCCACUGCUGAACCUCUUGCGUGAGACUAAAGGGUUUGCGGCUUCCCCGUAAUAUGUUGAUCUCUUGUUAUGCCAUUUAUUGUAGAUUCAAACUUUUUUGUGUGUCCCCUGAAUCAUCUCCAAGUCGUAGAGAUUCUGCAUCUUCCUGAUGGACCUUGUCAAUCAGCUCAAGGAGUUCGUUUUUUUUAAAACCCUGAGCAAUACUUGUUACCACGAUCGGGAAGAUGUUUUAGAAAUUUUUGCCACUGGAGAUGAUAACAACGGACGAAAAACAGUAUUAUAAUUGUGAUUGUUAAUUAUAUUUCCAAUUUCCUCCUCUCCCCCCCUUCCUCAUGUUGGGCUAAUCAUGCUUCUGCCACAUUACUUUCUUAAAAGAGCAGAAAGAAAAUUUGGAAGAAAAUGUGAUGCUUUGCCACCAGCAAUUUAGGUAGAGUUCCUUCAGAUAAUUUUGGAUAAAGACUGCAAUAAGCUGUGCUUCAUUUUAAACUCAGUUUGUUGUAUAAGUUUGAAUUAGUCUCGCAGGUGUGCAAAACAGGUUUAUCUUACCUAGUUUAUUUAUUUUGCUGUUCUUGCACUGUGCUGAUUGAUUAGAUUUGGACAAAAAAUAAACCAGGAAUAAGCCAGGAAAAACCAUACCACGCAGCCUAUUACUGUUCCAAACCACAAUAAGAGAGUAAUAAUAAUGUCCUAAAUUAACUACCAUUUAGCCCCCAACUCCACUUGCAUGUCAUGACAACCCAAAACCAAAUCCUAAUGCCUUUAAGCAAUGUGUGAAUUCAGCCCAUAAACCCGUGUCUAUUCCCUGUCCUGUAUUUAGAAACGUGGGCAGUUUGCACAUUGCUUUACUAUAUUGGAGGAUUUUCCUAUUUGACGCCAUGCUCACAUUCUGCUCAGAUUCCCUGCAUGAACAAGAACCUUGCUGCAAAAAUUGUAGCUAAGACCCCCACCCACAUCUGGUUAUUAUGUAGAAAUGGCUUUCCAAGCAGAAAAGACUUAAAGCUGAUAGUUACAUUAUACCUGUGUGGUUUGGGAAUUAGUUCCCCAUUGCUCCUUAACACACCAUUCAAAGAUAAGGAACACAGUCACUGGGGAAGCAACGGUAGCACCGAAAAUGGAUUGAAAUGUAAUUUCUCCCGUGCAAUCCACAGGUUAUCCCAGCAGGCAUAUUUAUAUAAGUGCAUACAAUUCAUCGCAAGGGGAUUUGGGAAUGUGAAACUGGAUUUUGAAGGCCAACAACUUCAAAUCCAUUGGGGGGAGAUAAAAAAAUAUCUCACAUAACUUCUGUGGGAAGAAAGCAAGAUUCCAAUUAUUCCUUCCUAUGAACUUUAUCCCAGUGAUCAUAAACUACAUCUUCAAAUACUACAAGGAACCCCAGGUAGAUCCCUGUGUAAUAUUGAUGCCGAGCAGGUAUGUCAAUGAACAUAGCAUGAUUCUUUCUAUAUUUGUCCAAUGAGCGAAGAUGCAAUCCUAAUUAAAGCUGGUAAGGGUAUUAUGUCAUUUUUCCUUACUGGAUGUGCUAUUCAAAAUUAAACUAUUCAAAAUUAAACUAUUCAAAAUUAAACGAUUCAAAAUUAAACAAUUCAAAAUUAAACUAUUCAAAAUUACUAUUCAAAAUUAAACUUUUGAAAUUUCAGUUCUUGGUUUUAACCUUCCCAUAAGCAGAGAACUAUUCGUAAUUUCGCAUUCAGUCCCUCACCUUACCCCCGAAGAGACAGACUUCGGACUGCAAUUCUAUUUAAAUCUCCAUUUCAGCUUUUUAUAUUUCUGGACCUUUUCUUUGUUUAAUGCCUCAAAGACAGGGGUCCAGAUCCAGGUGGAGAAAAAGAUCCAGAUGGAGAAAAGGAAGAAAUAAGCGAUAAUGUCUUUUGUUUUUCUGCAUGUUACAAAACUGCCCCAAAGCUUGUUUUCAAUAACAUGGCAUUCUAAAAGAAAAGGCUAAUGCUACUUGGGUGACUCCAUUCAUUCCAGAUGAACCAGGGGCGAGGUGGAUUGCUGAACAUAUUUCUGCCUCAUUUUUUUGCAUCCAUGGUUUGUUUGUAAAUCCUUUUCUGCCGACAGGAUGUGAACAAUGUUAAAUGCGUUAUGCUCAAAAGUCACAGGUCUCCAACAUCGUCCCUCGUAUGUCGUGGUCAGUAUCUUCCCUGACAAUGUCAUUUUCUGUUUCACAGCAUAUGAAUGGCGUGCAAGGAACAUUAUGUACAGUAAAUUCUUGUUAGGCAAUAAAGUACUGUAUAACUAUGUAGUAUUAUUACAGCCUUGAGGUAUUUUUGAAGCAUGGGAUUGAGCUCUAAUAGCCUAGUCUGUUUGAUGACUUCAGGAGUGCAGUUUUUGGUGACUUCUUACCUAUAGCGUGCAAUUUUCCCCCUCCUUUAAACAGGCAGCACUGAUCACUUGGGCCCAAGUGAUUUGGUCUGUCAAACAUUCAGAAAUCAUGAAGAUGUAGUUCUCAAAAUAGCGAGGGUCAUGCUUUCUAAAGUUUAAUGCAUCCUAUUCAUAUCAGUGUUAACUGGUUAUUCAUUUUUUAGAAGCUGAAUAUUUAAAAUGACCAAAGCUUUCUGUUAAUUUACGAAGUAAAAGGAAGAACACUAUGUUUUUUCUAUUAUUGCUAUGCUAGCAUAGUUUUAAAAAAAACCCAGAGAAAACAGACUAUAAUUGAGAAGUGGAUUAAUAGGUAACCAUAAUGAAAUUGUUUUAAAUUGCAAACUUUGCCACUGCAACACGUUUGCUCAAAAGUUAGGUUUCACUGUGUUAAAUGAGACUUACCUCUGAGUGAAGAAUUUUGGGUUUGUGCUGUUAAUUGCCUCUUCUGGAUAUGUUUUAAAAAUAUGCUUGUGAUUAUUUCAUUGAUAUACACCCUCCUCUCCAAGCAACAGUGUCUAUCACAUAAGGAAAUGUUGUGU